AUAUUUCCUGUUGUUUUGGUGGUAUCUCGAGCCGAUCAAAUUGCACAUUUGUAGGACAUAGGACGAGGAUUGGUUUGGAUCUAGAUCAGGUAAAAUAACAGGAUGACAGACUACAGUUCACCAGCACCUGGUCAGUACUCUGUGACCACAGAGACCACAAUGAGUGCAUCAACAAACCAACAAAAACCUUCCAUUGGCCUGGACAAGGAUUGGCUCAAGAGCUUGCCAUCUUACCUCAAGAUUGCUGAAAUGGUUUUAGAUCUGAUCCUUUUCAUCUGCGCUAGUGCCAAUAUCUACUUCUCCAACUCUGGAGGGGGCUGGGUCCAGUUUGUGGCUAUAUCUGCUUUAAUCACAACACUGCUCUUCUUCCUUUUCCAUCUGCUCCGAGUCAUCGGCAGAUUGCCGGGACCCUGGGGUUUGAUUGAGUUCAUCUACUACAUAGUUUAUGAUGUGUUAAUACUGAUAGCAGCCAUUGUAGCAGCAGCUCUCACAGGAACUACCAACCCUAAUGGCAACGGUGCUAUUAUAGCAUCUGCGUUGUUUGGCUUUGUAACACUAAUUGUGUAUCUGGUCGACACAUUCUUCAUGUACCGAAACUGGCAGGCUGGUAAAUUUACAGCUGGAGGAAGUUCCACCAUGCAAACCACAACCACCACUUCUACAACGUAUGAAACUCGCACUCAAUACUAAGCUGUGCCACGAACGACUCCACACCAUGCUGUCAGGAUAUACAGCAGCAUGUAUCGGUCAUCGGGAUGAUGUGAAACUGUGUUGUUGAAGAUUUGCUUAAUCUUUUUAUUCAGGUUUACAGCAAAAUAGUUACACUUGACGGUAUGUUGAUAACUGCUUAACAGAUUAAAACAAGUCAAUACAGUAGCUUUAUGGGGGAAUAUUUAGGCUUAUCAUUAUAAUCAACCAAUAUUUAAAUUUUUGUUACUUAAAAAUAGCUGAAUUUUCUGGCAUGUUUUUCUCAAAAGCUUUUUAACAUUUGUUCCCAUUGAUAGACAUCUUAUAAUUUUUUUUUUCACAUUUGAAUUAAUAUAUGAUACAUUUUUUCAAAUGUUCAUGAACUCGAUUUUUAAUAACAUCAUUUUUUUUUUCUCACCAGCUGUAACAGGAAAAUAUAAAUGUUAGAAAGUGUGCAGAGUUAUCCCUCUUUGGUGGCUUGCAGUUGAGAGUGGGUAAACUUGAACUUUUAAUAACUUUAGCCCUAUCUUUAAAAGAGGUAAUUAAGGAAAACUUAGGCUGAGAUAGGCGCUAGGCAUAGAAUAUAAUAUGAUACUUUUAUUCAGUGCUUUCCAGAUAUGUUGUAAAUUAGGUGGGCUUAUUACAAAGCACGGAUAAUUACACUGUAAUUAUUGUUGAAUAGUGUUUGUCGGUAUUGGAAUAGUGUAGUUAGUUGCAUUAUUGGUGCGCCCCUUUCUUGGUAUGCUAAGGUGUACUUUUUCAUGAUCAUAUACCAAUUAUGUUUAGAUAGCAGUGAUAAAGAAAAGUUGUUAAGAGUGUAUGGUCUUUUUUUUGUUUUUUUUUUUUUUUUUUUGUUUUUGUUUUGUGUGUAAUAAAUCUGGUUGUGUUGACUGUAGUUUAUUUCCUGAUCAAAAAUUUUGAAGUGCUGUCAAAAUUUGAAAAUAUUCUUGUCAAAAGAAAUUUAUAAUGCACAUUUGUAUAGUUUUAAUAAAAAUGUUAAAAACCAAUUUUUAUUGAAAAUUGAUUGUGAUAAAGGAAAACAAUUUGAAUCCUGCUCUAUGCUCUAUGCAAGUAUCUUUUAUGUUGAAAAGACAAUACUCAGCUAUUUAUUGUUACUAGAAACAUCGACUUGUACAGAAUUUGUUUUCUGGAUCAGACAUUCUUUCUGGGUUCUAGCAUAAUGAAAAGAAAACAAUUCAACAAAGAUCUGUUUUAUCUCUCACAUUAUUAUAUCAGUUUUAUUCAUUAAUUUACUGAAUAUGAUUUGAAACAAAAAUGCACUUUUUUUCUUAAUUCAGCAUUAAGACGUAUAUAAGACUGUUUCUUUACCUGAAGUUUGAACCAUUAUGUAUCAUUUACAUUGUAUAAUACAAUUAAAGAUUUAAGGUUUGUUAUGUUUUUGAAAUAUCUUUGAACAGGUUUUUUUUUCUUAAAGAAUUCUCACAUUAACGAAGUAAAUUGAUCUUAUUGUGUUAUUUGACCCAUACUUAAAAACGUCAUAGUACUAAGUCCUCGAAUGAUUUUGAUACUGAUAAAUUUAUAUAUUUGACAUUAUUUAACUUGAUGAAUGUUUUGUGUUAUGUUCUGUGAAAAGUAUUGCAGUAUUUAAGGAUCUAGAUCUGAUUGAGUACAAUUUCUGCAUAAAUAGAUUGAUACUGUAGUACAAAGUACCUAUAGAAAAAAAACAGAUUAAUGUUCAUUUACACAUAUAAUAAAUUAUAUACCUUUAUUUAUAGGUUUGUCAAACUAUAUACUGUAAACCUUCUUCCUUUCAAUGCUAUUAACUUCUGUGAUUUCAGCGUCAUGAUAAUUUAUUUUCGUAAAUUCUGAACCUCCAUUGUCAAAAAUUGAUGGGCAUUUUCUCCAUUUAAACCCCAUAGGGAGCCCCAUUUAUGGUCUUUUUGGUCAAAAGAUGCAAGUUUGCCUUGGGACUGGUGAGGGACAAAGGUCAGUUAGUGACCAUUUCAUAGACCGUGGUGACUUGACACUUCAUUAGCAGCAAAUGUGACACAAUACCCUGAGAAAUAAAUGAGUUGAAUAAUCUCCAAAUUGAAUCCAAACACACUAGCGAUCUUUACCUGAAACUUACAAAACAUCAGAAGCAAACAUUCAUGAGAACAGACCAUUGUCACCUGUACUGUAUAAGUAGAUUUGGGAUGAAGUUAAAUCACGAAAAUUGGGUCGGUGAUCCAUGUUUUAAUUUUCGAGUUUUAUUUUCAUGAUUAUGUUACGAUCGUGAAAUUUGUAAAAAUAAAUCACAUUCAAAAGAAAGUUGGUUUACAGUAAAUUGUACGUGCCUAGACCUUCAUCAACAGGUAUAACUUAUUUUAUAUGAUGUACAUGUAUGAUAAACCCUGGAUGUAUCAGUAUUAAAAUUAUGUACCAUUAUGAAUGAAAAGAUCUUCAUUGAUUUAUUGUUUCCAAAUGGGAAAAAAUUGACACUUUGAUAACACAUCUACUGAGUUUUGCUUGGAUUAAAUGAAAGGGUUUUAUUUAAAUAUUAUUUCACAAGUAAAAAUGGUAAAAACUCUCUGAUAUAGUUCUUGUGCCGUGACCUUGCGUACUGUAUUUAUGGGUACUAGAUCACACUUUUAUUUAUGGCAGCUUGAUGUUGUAUUGUUAGUUUAGUGGUGUGAAAUCAUCCCUUAAAACGUAAUAUGUUUAGCUGUGUUUAUAUAACUCUGCUACUGCAAGCAAAAUAAUGUGAGUUGGAUUUAAAAAAAAAAAAAAUUUUUUUUGCAAAAUAUUAAAACCUUAAUUGGUGGUGAUUGAUACUAAAGAGGAUGCCAUUGAAAGCUAUUUAACUUUAAUGAACAAGUACAUUAUCCUAGAUUUUCUUGCAGUAAUGGUUUUGUUUAAUAAAAUUCUGUGAUACAAGUUGCAGAUAAACAAUGUGCAACUUUAAGCACAAUUAAAGAGAAAGCACAUUAAUUAAUUUCUACUAUUUUGUGAAAUAAACAAAAAGAGCUUUCUUAGCAGCAUAUUCAAUUAUUUACAAAUUUAGUGAACAUAUUUGAAAAUAUGAAAACCUUUCCUAGUUUACAGUUGCUCUAUUGCAUAUGCAAUGUUCUGAGGAGAAAUUUGAUAAAAAAAAAAAAAAACUCCUCGGUAUUGAUUUACCGACUUCAUUACGUUAUAGAAAUACUCUUAGACUUGUGAAAUACUGGUAACAUUAUAGUUCUUUAACCCUUAAUGACCUUUCUGAAGACUUGUCCUCUGUAGAAUUAUCUAAUCUUGGACUAUUUCUGAAUCUCCAGUCCUAGUUGUUUACCUCUUUUCUUUUAUAUUAAACAGAUUAUUUCUUUAUUUCAGAAUUGGAGAAUUUAUUCUCAAAAUCAAUUAAAUUUGCAUGUCAAUGAUAUAUAUAUAUAUAUAUAUAUUGGAUUAAUGAGUUUGAGGCCUUACUAUAUUUUUAAACUGUUUCUCCUCUAAUUGUGAUGAUUGUACUGGCUAACCUUCAUUCUUGUCAUCAUCUUCUGUUGUACAAACACAUGUGUACAUAGACAUCCUAUUUAAUAGGUUAGACAUAUUAAGGGCUUUUAAACUGAAGUAGUAGAGCAUAUGAUAUGUGUAUAUAUGGAUAAAGAAUUAUUAUAAGACCUGAACUAAAACCUGUUUUGCUAUGGUAUAACACCCAGAAAUGUCAAAACUCGCACAUCAGAUACAGUGAUCAUUUGAAGGCAAUAAAUUGGUAACCCAGAAGAUUUAAAUCGUGUUAUGGUUAUGGUUAAAGACAAAAUUCCUCGCACACAUAUGUUUUUUCUCUCUCUAUUUUUGUUUCUUCAGUAAUGAAUUUGUUGGUUAUAAAUAUUCCAAACUUGAGAGUUUUUGUCAACAAGGAUUAUUGAUUGAGCAUUUUUAAAGAUAUUAUGAAGUACGAGUAUCAUUUAAGAUAUAAAUGCAUGCCUGAUUGAGUUAGAUGUACUAAUAUCUAUAUUGUGAUGUAAUUCUGUCCUAUAUUCAUUAUAGAACAUUAAACAUAGCUACAUAAACUAUUGAUAUAUUUGAUUAGUGCUGCAUCAUAGAAAUCUGGAGAAAAUGUUUAGAGUUAUUUUUGUUGAAUUGUCUUUAGAGUGUGUUGAAAUUUUCUUUUUCUUUAUAUGUUUACUAAGUUUGACUUUUUUUUUUAAGAACUACUCGAGAUCACUCUCUUCUACCAAAGGUAAAAGACAUGUAUACAUUUCUAGAGGCUUAAUCAAUUGUACCUGGAUCUAGAAUCAUCAAAUUGUAUACACAGUGGUGGGUUUUUUUAUUGUUUUUAAUAAUUAGAAUAUUUAAUAUUAUCAUCACUUUCUAUAGGAGUAUUGAGAUAGGGGAAAAGAUAUAUUGUAAUAUACAUGUACCAAACUAGUCUAGCAUGAUUGUUAUUAGGAAGACUAGAACUGUAUCAAUAUGUCCUGUUCUGUCUGUAGUGUGUAUAAACCAUCGAUAUAUUGUAUAUAGGCAUUGUAUCAUAUAUUAAACAAAUUAGUGAAAUUCAAA